CAUUUUUACCAGGACGUCUGCAGCAGCUGUCCCCUGGCAUGUCAGCGGGAGCGUCACAUUCGUGGUUACAGGGCUCUGAAGCGAGCUGAGGCGACUGCAUUCACUUCGAUCCGGGAAGCUUUAUCCUCGCCGUCUCCGGCCCGUCCAGUACCUGCAGCCCAAACCAUGGCGGACCAGUACCAGUACAACGCCAACGAGGAGAAGAUUGUGAAGGACAGCCACACCAAAGAGAUUGAUCUAAUCAACCGAGACCCCAAGCAGAUCAAUGAGGACGUGGUAAAGGUGGAGUUUGAGGAUGUCAUUGCAGAGCCUGACGGUACACACAGCCUGGAUGGGGUGUGGAAGCUCAGCUAUACCACCUUCACUGUGUCCAAAUACUGGUGCUACCGCGUCUUGUCUGCUGUCUUCGGAAUCCCUGUCGCCCUGCUCUGGGGCUUCCUGUUCGCCUGCAUCUCCUUCUGCCACAUCUGGGCCGUGGUUCCCUGCAUCAAGAGCUGCCUGAUCGAGUCGCAGUGCAUCAGCCGCAUCUACUCCCUCUGCAUCCAGACCUUCUGUGAUCCAUUCUUCGAAGCCCUGGGCAAGGUCUUCAGCAGUGUGCGCGUGGCGCUACGCAAAGAGGUUUAAGGACGCACACAGAAGUGUUUGUAGUGUGAUCGGAUGAAGUGUGGUGUCUUUUUAUACACAGAGUCCUGGCAUUUUGCUUACUGCUGCAUACUCCUCGUCUGCCCGUUGUAAAAUGAUGUCCCCCCCCGCCCUCCCAAAUACAAACUCAGAGAUCUGAAUCCUGACAUGCCCGGUGUGCCUUUGCCACCAGAAGCUCUGCGACAGCUGCAGCAGGCAGCAUGGUUCUCUGACACCUCUGGCACUCCUGGAAGGCUCGGGGCUCCUCACUGACGGAGAAGAGGCCCAUCUGCCAAGAAGAGGAUCAGGCUGCCCUCAUUUAAUUGUCUCAUCACUGAAAGCUCAGACGACGGCUUCUUGUUCACUGCUGGAAGAUGCUGAAUGCAUGCGCUACAUAUGGUCAUUCUGAAAAUGAAAGUCGUCAUGUUUCUUAGUGUGGUAAUGUUCUACUUGUUCUACUUCUACUGGUUAAAUUUAUAUUAUUGUUAUUAUUAAAAUGAAUCUUAUUGUAAAAAACUAACAGAAUGAAAGAAAACUAAAUGUCAAACAAUUCCCCUUUAAUUUGUGAACAAACUAACAAACCUACAAAGAAGAAAGUUUGGAAGCAGUCAUGCAGCUAAUGUGUUUCAUUUCAUGAAAGAGUGAGGGGUGGAAUAAUAAACAUCCUUGUUUGCAUAUUUCAGUCAAGAAUCUGUAAAAAUGUAUGGACCUAAUUACCGACAGAGACAAGUAAGUUUAUUUGGUUGGAAAAGCAGAAUGACUUUGCAGUUCUGAGUCCUGAGAAACUGCAUUAUAAGAAGGCAAAUUAUGUGUGGGGUGAGACAAAGGCAGAUGAAGACUGAAGAGAAUGCCAUUUUGAUGUGCUUGAUUACGUGCAUUAUUUCACUUCAUUGUUGUGAGGCCGCGGAAAUACAUUUACACCAAGCAUCCACUUCAGUGUUAUUUUUGAUGCCCUCUCUCAUCCUGGGAGCAGCGGCCUGUGAACUGUGACCCACUAGAGGCUGCUGUUGUGUGUCUGUCUUUUCCUCCUUGGUGUCUGACAUCCAUUUUUGAUCAGUCAGUGACACCACACCCUCUUCUGUUUGUAACCUCAGUGUGGCCAAUUAUUUUCUCAUCCCUUACAGCAGCGAUUCAUUUUCUGUUUUAUGUGGUCAGAUCUCGUUAAUAAAUAAUGUCUGGAGCUUUAA